GAAUCAUGCUCUAUAGUGUAGAAUGUCUUAAUGAGCUUUUUCUUUUCCCCUUUCUCUCCCUAAAUUUUCUUUAUUUCUUCUCGCGCCUAAAAACAGGGUCGAAAGCAGACGAAAAGAAUUCCUCUUUCUUUCUCCGAUUUCUCUCCAGUGGAAGAAGAAGGAACUCUCGAAUCUCUGCAACAUCUUGUCCCUUGUGUCCUCUCUGAAUCGGAUUCUAUUCUUUCGUUGGACGAAGGCUUCGAAGCUCUGAAACCUUCCUCAAGUGGUCCUCUCUCCAAAUUGAUCACUUCUUCCUUAUCCAGUAAGUAUCUAUUUCGGUCCGUACAUCAAUUUGGCCUCCGAUCUCGCUUCCUUGGUGGAUUAAAGAGUUAGAUUUUACAGGAGCUUCUCUCUGUUCUCUGGAGAAUGGAGAAGUGUGGGUAUAAGUUGCAGGAAUUCAUGGCACACUCGUCCAAUGUAAACUGUUUGAAUAUUGGGAAGAAGUCGUGUAGGCUUGUUAUCACUGGUGGAGGGGAUCACAAGGUGAAGCUGUGGGCGAUUGGGAAACUGAAUUCUUUAUUGAGCCUAUCUGGUCACACCAGUCCAGUUGAAUCUGUAACUUUUGAUUCAGCAGAGGCUUUGGUGCUUGGUGGAGCUUCUUCUGGCACAAUAAAGCUGUGGGAUUUGGAAGAGGCAAAGAUUGUACGCACACUUACUGGACACAGAUCCAAUUGCACUGCUGUUGAAUUCCAUCCAUUUGGUGAAUUUUUUGUGUCUGGAUCGCUGGAUACGGAUGUAAAAAUCUGGGAUAUCAGAAAGAAAGGAUGCAUUCACACUUACAAAGGCCACACUCGAGGAAUCAAUACCAUUAAAUUCACUCCUGAUGGUAGAUGGGUUGUUUCUGGAGGAUUAGACAAUGUUGUGAAGAUAUGGGAUCUAACUGCUGGGAAGCUCUUGCACGAUUUUAAAUUCCAUGAAGGACAAAUUCGUUGCUUAGAGUUUCAUCCCCUUGAGUUUCUUCUAGCUACAGGUUCUGCGGACAGGACUGUGAAGUUCUGGGAUCUAGAAACCUUUGAACUGAUUGGAUCUGCUGGACCUGAGGAAACUGGUGUACGCUCUAUGACCUUUCAUCCUGAUGGAAGGACCUUGUUUUGUGGGUUGGAUGAUAGUUUAAAGGUUUUCUCAUGGGAGCCCAUAAUAUGUCAUGGUGCUGUUGAUAUCGGGUGGUCUACAUUGGGUGACCUCUGUAUUCAUGAAGGAAAACUUUUGGGUUGCUCUUACUAUCGGAACUGUGUUGGAGUGUGGGUUGCAGAUAUUUCGCUCAUUGGACCAUAUGGAGGUGAUGUACCCAGAUUAAAUAGCCAGAUGAGGCAGAAAUUUGAUAUACAGGAUACUCUUGUGCAGAAAGUGGGUGGUAGUUUGAAAUCUAAUACUGGUCUGUUGACCAUGCAAGAGGACGAUGAUGCAAUAGAAAUAAAGAACAUCUAUGUGGAUUCUACCAAUGGUAUACCUAGUAAUCUACAAAGGAGUAGAUCGACCAAGUCUCCAAAGGUGGUUGUAUCCCGGGAUUCUGAGGAAACCGGUCAUCCUUCAGCUCCAAAGAUUCGUCCAGCAAUGGCGGUGCAAAGAAGAACCAGGAGUGAAGUAACUAGUAGACCUUUUGCUGUGCCUCUUGUUGUACCUAGAAACAGUCCUGCAGGAGAAAAUGCAUCCAAUUAUAGAAGAGAAUCUGUAUCCAGUGGGAAAACCAGCCCUGAUAAGUUGGUCAAGCCAACCCAUCGGAGGUCAGCAAGUAGCAAAUGUGACAUGGGACACUUGUCAUUAGCAGUUGAAUCUGAAUCUCCUACCAGCAAGAAAAGUGGUUCAGAUAGUGUGAUUGAGUCACCAAAGUUCAGUUUCAGUUUUUUUGCAAAAGAUGACGUAACAGGAACGGUUGAGGCAAGCAACUCAACAAUCAUGCAUGUUGCAGAGAAGUUUGAAAAGAUUUUGUCUCCUAAAACACCCUCAGUCUCAGACCAAGAAAAAUGCAGCGAAGCACUCAGUAACAAUGGAAAUAACUCUGUCAAGAUUAUUAAUGGAGUGGCAGUUGUACCAGGAAGAACUCGCUCUUUAGUUGAGAGGUGGGAAAAGAGGGAAAUAUGUACUAGCAGUGAAGAUUUGUCAACUAAUCCAUCUAAUGUGAUAUCUGAAGCUCGUACACCACCUGCUGUACAGAGUGGACAACCUCAAACUUCUGGAAGGGAAUCAACAUCUGCAGACAGUGAGGAUCUAAAUCUAGUCGAAGGCCUAUUACAAAAUCAUGAUAUAUUCUUAAGUACUCUGCGAUCUCGCCUCACUAAAUUACAGAUGGUGCGGCACUGUUGGGAAAGGAAUGACACUAAGAGUGCUAUCAAUGCUAUGGGGAAGUUGCCUGAUCAUUCUGUGCAAGCUGAUUUGAUCAGUGUUCUGAUGGAGAAAAUGGGCAUUUUUACCUUGGAUCUAUUCUCUUGCUUGUUGCCUGUGCUUACAGGCUUAUUGGACAGCAAAAUUGACAGGCAUGUAAGUGUCUCAUUGGAAAUGAUAUUGAAGCUUGUGAUGGUCUUUUGGCCUGUAAUCCGUUCGACUUUGUCAGCGUCUCCAUCUGUUGGGGUUGAUCUUCAUGCGGAGCACAGGCGGGAUUGCUGCAACCAGUGCUUUAUCCAGUUGCAAAAGAUCAAGCAGGUUCUUCCUUCGCUGUCGAGGCGGGGUGGGUCGCUAACCAGAUGUGCCCAGGAAUUGCAUAUUCUUCUUCAGGAACCAUAGCCUGCUACUGCUGCCCCCUUAUAUUGAUUUCAUUCCUACUUGAGUGGCUAAUGUCAUGGUAGUUCCUUGUUACAUUUUCAAUAGGAUAAUUAAUUAGACAAACUUUUCACUGAAGUAGAGUCUGCAAAUCUGUGUCAAUUCGCUCAUCUUGGUUUCUCCCAUUCCCUAGUUUUGACUCUUCUAUCUUUUCCAGUGUUGGCUUCUGUUCUUGGUAAUCAAACCAAAUAGGUUGUUCACACUGCUGCAACUGCUCAUGUAAGCAAGCAAUGAAUCAUCAUGGCAAGACGUUUUCUAAUUGUGAUGAUCUGGGGAUUCUCUGGUGGCCAUUUGUUCUGAUCUGGUUCAAGCUGUGCAUGUAUCUUGGGCUUGAUUUGUUUGUACAUUGUAUGAAAUUUUGUAUCUGUACUGUUCUUACAACCUUAAAAGGAAAUAAAUUUAUAAAUUCUUUGAAA